AAAACAUUGUCAUCAUCCGUCAUCCACCACCUCCAUUCUAUCCUGACGACAACCUGAGCUGAUAUUGCUGCAAGCAGGGGAGUAACGACCGCCCCUACGUCUCCUGCCGUUUUUCUGUAUCGACAAUGCACGGAGCGUUGUUAUGAGUGUUAUGAGGUUUAUGAAACCUCUCGAGAAUGGCAGAAAGUAUCCACCGGUUGGCCACUUCAUGGCUAAUCUUCCUGCUGGGAACAGUGUUUUUUGCCAUUCCCGUACAGUCGUAUGCAACACUGUCCGAUGGCACAUUAAAAUCCAUUCCACGUCCAAAUAAUGAUUUCGACAUUCACAACGGUGCCCUCCUUGCUCCCAUCCUUAAACCACGUGUACCAGGAACUCCAGGUUCCCUAGAAGUGCUGCAACACUUCGUUGAUUUCUUCAGAAAUACGUUACCGGAGUGGACAAUAGAAUUCCAAAAUUCCACGUCGAAAACACCAGUGACUGGAAACAAGGACAUUCCUUUUGUCAACCUGAUCGCCUAUCGGGAUCCGCCAUGGUCAAAUAUUGGAGAGACAAGCAGGUUGACAUUGGCGGCACAUUAUGACAGCAAACUAGAACCCGCUGGCUUUAUAGGCGCUACAGACAGCGCCGCUCCAUGCGCAAUUAUCAUGCAUUCCGUACGAAGUAUCGACGCCGCAUUGACUAAAAAGUGGGACGCUAUGAAGGGCAACCCUUCCCACGAGUCACUCUUGGACCACCGAGGCAUCCAAGUGUUGCUAUUGGACGGCGAAGAAGCAUUCGCCUCUUGGACUGAUACGGAUUCCCUUUACGGCUCUCGAUCCUUGGCUGAGGCUAUGGAAGAGACCUUUUACCCAGCAACCUCGACUUACAAAUCCCCACUAUCGGCUAUCUCACUUUUCGUCCUUCUCGAUCUACUGGGCGAGAAGGACCCCCGGAUGCCGUCUUAUUUCAAAACAACUCACUGGGCAUAUAAAAACAUGGCUUCUCUCGAAACCCGUUUGCGCCAACUUGGCCAGUUCAAGUCAGCACCGUCAUGGAAGAAUGGCGACCAGCUGUGGUUCGUCGAUUCGGAAAAGGAGACAUUUUUCCCUAGCGGAAUUGGCGAUGAUCAUAUCCCGUUUAUGAAGCGCGGGGUCGAGAUCUUGCAUUUAAUCACGUCGCCUUUCCCUAAGGUAUGGCAUAAAAUUACAGACGACGCAAAGCAUUUGGACCUCGAGACGGUUGAAGAUUGGAGCACAUUGCUUACAGCUUUCGUAGCUGAAUGGCUGGAGUUGGAGGAUAUGCUUCCAAAACACGAAGGGUCAGUACCCGAGAAUGAAAGCAGAAAAACAGAGCUUUAAGAUAUUUCCGUACUCGAACCUUUUUUUUUUUUUUUUUUUGCUCUUGUUAAUCCAUUUCCCUGAACUGGAAUGUGUAUUAUAUUGGGGCAUUUUUGAGCGUUUAUUAUAUUCUCUACCCAUUACAUGUUUGGAUAUACUCAUCAUCUAGAAUUCCCUGUACAAAUUUUUGCAUGCAGGUGCAGAUUCCUUCAUUCGAUUUUCUUGCUAUGUCAGGAAACAUAAGCUAAUAGUCCUUCUCUAAUAGUCCUUCUUAGGACAUGAGAUUUGCUAUUUCUCUUUUAAGAAGCAAAUUUUUAUACCCCCGGCGGCGUGCAAACGCUGCCACAUCUGCGGUUGGCCAUACGUUUUACGUUCGUUGAUUUUUUGCAAACCGAGCUGCACUAUUACCUAUAUUCAUUAUUCACAUUUCACCCAUACUUUUUAUUCUAGAAUAGGCAUGACACAGGAAUCCUAUUUCCUUUUGAUAGAGAUUGUAUGGGCGGAUUUCGACUUUUGAAGUAUCGAUUCUUGAAAUUGUAUGACCUGAAAUCCGCUACAUCAUCAUAUUAGGUGUUCUGCAUUCUUAAUUCCUCAUCGUCGAAUUUAUGUAAUGUGAGAAAUUGAUUUGAAAAGUUCAACUCUCAAGACAUCUCUGGGAAGCAAUACUUAAAGCCGCCCAGAUUAACAUGUUCAAUUGAGUUUUAGUUACUGCUUGCAUGCACCCACGCUAGGAAAUAAUAUUUUAAUUUUGGACUACCUUAACUUCCAAGUCACAGCCCCUUUGCCGAAGGAAGC